UCUUUAUGUCACCUCAUCUCACUCUCUACCCCCUACAUUUACCCCAGUAUCUCACUCCCCUUCCUGUAUCUCGCUAUCUACCGCCUACAUCCACCCCAACACUUCCUCCCACACCCCCCAGAUAACCGCGUAGUCACCAUGACUACCGCCAUCGACGCCACGAUCCUCUCCUUCGCGGCAACGUCGCCGGCAUGGCCCGCCAUGCCCUCCCUCGCGACGACCAACCUCGGUCGCGACAUCGCCAUCGGAGUCCUCGCCAUAGAGGCAAAUCAAACCCGCCUGCGGGCUUUACUUCCAGAACAGCUUGCUACGGCCAACGAGCUCGAGGAGCUUGAGACGAUUUCCGGUGAGUUGAAACUUUGCGUGCAGAGAUUUGAAGCGUUUCUGAUGAGGUGGGAUGGGGAGAUCUUAGGUUUGGGUUUGGAGGAGGGGGAGGUUUUGGAAGGGGAGGAAGAUGAGGAGAUGGAGGACGACGACAAUUCGCUUUCACCACCACCACCACCACCCUCACACGGGCACAUCCCUCGUCCCAUCGUACAUAUCGACCCCAACACCAUCAGCGUAGGCGACAUCGGAUGGGCGCCACUCCCCCGCAUGGCAGCCACCUCGCGCCCCUGGUUCGUCCCGUCGGAGUACGGCCAAAUCUGCAUCAAAGUCUAUCCGUUCAUCAUCGUCAAGAAGAUGGAAGACUGCAUGAUUGGCGUAGUUAUCUCGACUGCCAGAGGCAAUGGCCUCGCCAACAAGACGGCGUCGCUUCGUGCGCGCAGCACCUACGUCGUUGGAGCCAAUUUCAGAGGCUACAGCGAUGUCUCUUACGGUGAGGGCAUGGGACCCAAGGGCAUGAAUCUGGAGGUGGAUCAGACGCAGGCGUAUGUGCCUCGGUUUGGUGCCUUCGUGGACGUGUUGGACACGUACCAAAUCCCGUACAACACGAGGUGGAAGCCAGAGGGGCGCCUGACGUACACCAGCCCGGUAGACUUGGGACGGAUGAGAUACGCAGUGCUGAAGAAGGAUGCGCUGGGGCGUCGAGUUUGGGAGUGGUGA